AAUGAGCAAAAAGUAAAUAAUAUAAAAAUAGCAAUAAUUUUUCCUUCAAGACUGCUUCCCCUCUUAUUUCAUCUGAGAUCGCUCCUCUCUCUCUCAGCUUUUGGGUUCAGUUUGAUAUCUGCUACUUCUGUUCAAAGGAAAGCAAAUUCUGGGUAUUUAAGGUUGAAUGGAUUCAGAUGUCUUAUUGCUCUCUGAAGAUGAAUAUGUGUUUCAGUGAGGAAAAACUAUAGAAAGUACUCAUUAACCUAAAGAGGAUAAGAACUGAGGUGCUUUACUGAAAAAUGGAGGAUGAUAAUGGGCUAGAGCUAAGUUUGGGCCUAUCCUUUGGUAGAUCAUCUGGCAAAUUGAAAAUCAAAGAUACUUCUUCAGAUCCUAAAGCAGAUGAAGGAAGUAAUAAUAAACUAACAAGUGACAGUAACUCUGUUGCCGACCCCUCUUUCAAGAACUUCUUCCAAAAGGGCACUGAGAACCAAGAUCAAAAGGGGAAACAGAAGUCUGCUCCAGAUUUGCAGCAGAGUGAGAAUUUCUUUACCGACCUUGGAAAAUCCUCUACUCCUGUGAUGGAUCAUCCCAAUGAUGAGUUGAACAGGUAUCAAGAGCUUUGGGACUCAAAUAACAAAACAACAGACAUUGAGGAAGAGAAACCAAGCAAGCGAAAGAUGCCAUUUGAGGAGAUAAACUUUCAAAACAAGCAUGAGAAGGUAGCUGAGUUCGCUGAUAGACAUGGUAAGAAUCUUACCGGCGUAAAUUUGAUGAGAAAUCCAUAUGUUCCAGUUACUACAGAAGAUGCUUGCUCAGGUGUUAACGAGGAGGUUGCUGAGUCAGAAGCAGAAGGAUCAAAUUCUUGGUUGGUUUCACAGCAGGAAGAGAAAUCUAAGAGCUCCGACAUUCCCAAGUUUUGUGAUAAGUAUGUUGUAACUGAUUCAAGCGGUAAAAAAGAGUUGUCUAUAUCAGGAAAUGAGUCCAGUCAAGAUCUUGGAAAAGUUGCAUAUGGGAUUCCCGUGCUUCAACCGUUAACUGUGACGAGUGUAGCUUAUCCAGUGCCUGUUACAAACACGGAGCGUCCUGUAGUUCAGGCAGCAAAUACGAAUAAUUUGCAGCUUUCUUUUGGCUAUUCGUCUGUCCAGCUUCCAACACUAGAAACAGGAUCUUCAUGGGCAUUUAACUCUCAGCCUCGGCAAGUUACUUCACUUCUCAGUAGGGAAGGAGCACCUAAUACACAGAAUUCUGAUGGUUUAAAGACAUCUCAUGUUCAACUUCAAGCCCCUCGCAGUUUAUCAGGAGGCACAAUACACGAGGACAAGUCACUUGAGUUUGCUAAAAUCAAUGUAAACAAUGUUCCUCAGAACGAUGAUCAAAGCAAGGGAGUCUUGGCUUUCUUACGGCAAAAGGAAAAAACAAGCCAAUCUAUUACCGUGGGCGGUCCUGAUGAAGGAUGUACUACUAUAAGGCCAGGCAUCGCCUCUGAUGUAAAGUUUGGAGGAUCUGGCUCAUAUCCCGAUCUACCGUGGGUCUCCACAACUGGAUCCGGUCCUAAUGGAAAGACAAUAUCCGGGGUCACUUACAAAUAUAACCAGAACGAGAUCAGGAUUGUUUGUGCUUGUCACGGCACACACAUGUCACCCGAAAAGUUUGUUCAGCAUGCAAGUGGCGAUUCAUCAUCUAAUGCAGAGAACAAUACUGCGGUGGCAUCGGCCAAGAGCUGAUCUUAUUAAAUCACAGCAGAUUAUGCUUUUUAGCUGAUCUUUUUAAAGCGGAAGGUAGGAUUAUUGGGUUUUUGCUUUUAAAA